UUAGGAGAGCCAGAGAGAUGCCGAUCAACUGCGCUGCGGCAGGCUGUGCAGCAACCUAUAAUAAGCACAUCAACAUCAGCUUCCACAGGUUUCCCUUAGACCCCCAAAGAAGAAAGGAAUGGGUUCGUCUGGUUAGGCGCAAAAAUUUUGUGCCAGGUAAACACACUUUUCUUUGCUCAAAACACUUUGAAGCCUCCUGUUUUGAUUUAACGGGACAAACAAGACGACUUAAAAUGGAUGCCGUACCAACAAUUUUUGAUUUCUGUACUCGUCUAAAAUCAAUGAAAUCCAAGUCAAGAAACCUUCCAAAGAAAAACCCUUGCAUCCCAACAAAACCAUCCAAUUCAAAAUCCAAUGUUAGCUGUCAGCAAGUUCUGCUUGAGCACAGCUAUGCCUUUAGAAACCCCACAGAAGCAAAAAAGAGGAUAUUUCAACUGGAGAAAAAGAUAGCAAGCUUAAGAAGAAAGAUGAAGAAUUGUUUGCAGAAAGAACGGCAAGAAACCCUGAGAUGGUUUAAAACCACAUGCUUGGUGAAUUUAGAAGCAAAUAACAUUUUGCUCAGAGGCACAUCAGAACACAUCUUACCAAAUGCCUUAAAUGAUUUUUCAUUACAAAACUUCAAAAUCCUUGUACUAGAUCAGCGAGAUCAAAUAUUACAAAUUUUCUAAAAUAAAGACAGCCCCAACCAUGGAGCCUACUUUUGAUAUUAGACAAAACUGAAUUCUGUGCCUAGCCUUCACUAGUUAGAAGUAAAAGUUAUUUACUGAAAUUAUAUUAAAAAUUAUGCUCUUAGCACAGUUUUACUUGAAAUAGUGUAAUUUUCUAGAUAAAGACUUUUACUUAUUUUCAUGGAAAUAAGAGUAAACUUUAUAUGAAAACUUCAUUUUACCAUAAGCGUAAGUGCCUUACAACAAGGAAUAUUUACUCUAGGUGAAAAUUUUCCUACAUUAAGAAAUCUUAUGUUUACAAAUGAAUUUAUUGGAGAGUUGUUUUUUUUUUUAAGAACCUGUUUUUGAAGGAAUGGUCUGUGGCAAGUAAUACUUUUAAGUCAUUUCACAGGCUUACUUUCUGUCAUAAAAGAAAUUUUCCUUGUUGAACUCUGUUGGAGGAGGGCUUUUAUAUCUAAAAAUGAUGCUGAAAUACAUAAAUUAAAUGUAACCUUGGAAAAGUGGUGUCAAUGACAUGGCAAUAUAUGGUGAAUUUAUUACAAUGCUUUUACCUUUUUUCUUAUCUGUAAAACGUGAUCUCUCGUGGAAAUACUAGACUUGCAGUGAUUUUAUACUAACUUAAAUGUUAAGUAUUAUUUGGAUGUGAAGUGCCAUUAAGUCCUUCAGAUGAGAAGAGACCAAGCAUACCUCAAAUCUGCUCAAUUGGGUACUUUGGCACCUUGAGUCCCAAUCACACCCCCUCCACACACAGACACAAGGUUGUAAAAUAGCAUCAUUGAGUCCAUUGCUUGUUUUUGCCCAAAUUACUAAAUAAGUAGAUAUUAGUGCUUUGUCAUAACAUGUUUUUUAGUUUUAUGCUCUCAUGAAUUAAGCAAUUUUUAAUGUGUAUUAGAAUAUCAAAAUUGUUUAUAAAGUAUUUAUUUUACUACUUACACAAGUACUCAGUUUAGGGCAUAGCCUUCUGAUGCAGAGAUGUACUUAGCUUUGUAAUGUCUUGACAACUUUUAAGAUUUAAUCAAUUUAUAGAUCAUUAAAUCAACAUAUAAAUUAAAUCAAUAGUUCACAUGAGUAUUCGCUUCUCUACUACUGUAAUUUUUUGUAGGGCUGCAUCAACACUAGCAUUAUAUGUGGAAAAACAACAUUUUAAUGAUUCUUUUCUAAAAUAAACCUAUAGAGAGAGUACUCUUAAAAACUAGUUAAUUGAAUCAUUCAAAGGGUUUGCCUUAUUUCAUAAAUUAUGUUUAUUCAUGUUUUAUAUUUCAGAUAUAUGUGAACAAAAUGGAAAAGUUCAUUAACUAUUCAGUAUCUUAAUCCUCAUUCAAAUGUACAAUUGUGAAUAGCCAUAGAUGGUUACCAUUUUUUCACAUAAGGGAUUUAUUUUAUGUGAAAAAGCCAUCAGACUUAUAUCUAAGGGUUUCUUUCUUUUUUUUUUAUGAUACUUGUUUACAUUCUAGUAACCAUAAAGAGCUCUAAUUUAAUUUUUCACAAAAAUUAGUUCUCUAUGGUGGAAAAUAGUUAUCUGCUCACUCAGACAAAAUGUAUACUACUGGGAGAAAAAAAUACGUCCCCUCAGAAUUUGUUUGCCAAAUAUGAUACUUUUAUGUAGCAAUGCCCAAAAUUUAGGCAAAAUAUUAGCUCCUUGAGAGCAAGGACUGCUGUUUUCCUUUCUGUAUGCACAAUACUCUGCACAUAGUGAGCACUUAAUAAAAAUCUAUUGACUUAAAUUUGUAGUACCUAACAUCAGUGUGUUUUUCACUAUCUUCCAAGAAGGUAGAGAGGAAGUACUUUGUUUUCAUUCUUACUGGGCAUUUUUCAGAAAUACUUGUGGAAAAACUUGUAAAUACUGAAAAACUUUACUCUUUUACAUAAAUAGUAUCCAGUGUUAACAUUUUAAGCAUAAUAUUUUGGUCAGGUGCCAUUUUAAUUUUUUUUCAUCAGUUUGCCAUUAGCAAAAAUAAUUGUUUCCUAGCUUAAUAUUUCUAGCAAAAGUGGUCACAUAUCCACCUAAAAUAAUUAGGUAUAAUUAUAUCUUUAAAUAUCUUUAUAAUAUUAAUAAGUAUCUUUAAAAAUAUUUGCUCACAAUCACAGAAAAACCAAGUUUCUAAUUCCAGGCAACUGAAGUAGCUAUAAAAUUGUUAGCAAUGUCUCUGGAGAAACAUAACACUACAAUUAUCAAACAUUAAAGCUUUUUGAAAAGAUAACCUAA